AUGCACAGCCCGGUAGGGCAGCUGCAGAUGCAAGUGACCCCUAUGGGAUUCACAAAUGCAGUAGCGGAGACGCAAAGGAGGAUGCUCACUGUCGCAGAGGAGAUGUUUCCUGAGAAAUGCAAACCGUAUAUAGAUGAUAACCCCAUUAAGGGCGCAAGGUACAAGGAUGAGACGGAAGGUUCCAAAUGCUUCAACUGUGGUGGCGAAGGCCAUUUUGCACGUGAGUGCCCUUCGAACCAAUCGACUGUUGCUCCUAGGGGUGGGAAUGGCGUUAGUAAUGCUACUACACCGGCGCGCUAUUGGACGCCCUGGCGGAACUAUAAUGAGGAUGCUGAGGAGAAGGAGUUCUUACGUCAGCUCAUCCAAGAGAAGAGGAAGGAACAAGCGAAGAAGAGGGAGUUUGAGGAGAAGAGGAAGAUGGAUGAGAUGAUUAGAUUGGAGAUCGAGAGGAACUCUGAGGCGGUAGAAACAAGGGUCUUGUCCAAAAUUGGGCGACAGUUUCUAGAAGCUCGGGAGGAGGUGAGGAGAGAUGAAGUGAGGGUCACUCGUACACCAGUACCAGUUUACCGACAUACGGGUUUCAAGGAGUAUGCGGAUAAAGGGUUGGAAGAGAUCGAGGAUGAGAUGCAAAACUGUCGGUUAUCUAUCUUUGGGAACGUAUUGCUGGGCGGUGUUAGCUUCGGUGAAGUUCCAAUGGCUGCGCAGGGUUCCAAAUGCUUCAACUGUGGUGGAGAAGGCCACUUUGCACGUGAGUGCCCUUCGAACCGAUCGACAGCUGCUCAUGGGGAUGGGAAUGACGUUAGUAAUGCUACUACACCGGCGCGAUAUUGGACGCCCCGACGGAACUAUAAUGAGGAUGCUGAGGAGAAGGAGUUGUUACGUCAGCUCAUCCAAGAGAAGAGGGAGGAACAAGCGAAGAAGAGGGAGUUCGAGGAGAAGAGGAAGAUGGAUGAGAUGAUUAGAUUGGAGAUCGAGAGGAACUCGGAGGCGGUAGAAGCGAGGGUCAUGUUUAAAAUUGGCGGAGAGGAACUGGGCAGUCCACGAGGGCAUUCACAUGAAGAAGCGCAACCAGUUGUGCGGUUGACGGAGUAUCGGCGGGUUGGAUGCGGUUAUGUGCUGCCAUGGCAGCGGGACGAGGGCAUGCUGGAUUGCCAGGCAGGACUCGAGGCGGAGCCUGUGCGGACGGGCAUGCGUAGGGGGAUGACGGAGGAGGAGAUUGCCCGUCAGGUUGCGCUUAUUACCCGAGAUCCCAUCGGGGCCUCCGCACCACCCUCUGCUGAUGCCGUUUUCGGUAAACGUGCUUGCAUUUUUCGUUCCUACCCAAGGGAGGACGACUCGGACGAGGAGCCAGUGCCCGAGGCGCCAGAUGACCCUGCGCUCCGCAUUCCCCGUGAGAUCAACGAGACGCACGACGAUCCCGACUCCGAGGAGACGAGGGCAGACACUGCACGACGGGCGGCGGACCGGGCGGACAGGGAGAUGCUGGGGGAGAGGAGUUUUGGGGCCCAUUCGGGGAGGUCGCUUCCACGGGCAGCACAUAGGCGAGGAGGGGGCACCGUCGGCAGCAGCAGUGGAGGGUGGGACGCGACGAUCGCAACCGUGGUGGACAAGAUAGCAUCAGCAGCAGCAGCAGCAGUGCUGGAAGAGUUGGCAGUAUCAAUGCUGGAGGAGGAGGCACCGGCGGCAAGAGGAGCAGCAACAGUGGAUGGGCAGGUGGCAGCAGCAGGAGGAGAAGCUGGAGGAGCGGCAGCAGUGGAGGUGGAGGAGGCAGUAGCAGUGGAGGAGGAGGAGGCACCGUCGGCAGCUGUAAUGGAGGGGGGGGUGGCAGGACUAGUGGAGGAGGAGAUAGCCGCACAGGCGAAGGUGCAGCGUGGGGGCGAUGACGAGCGCCUCAUGCAACAGUUCCUCACAGAGGAGCUCGAUCCGGUCAUAGCGGGCUUCGAGAGACAGAGGGGGUAUUGUGUGCAGGGUGGGGUGAUGGCGAGAGAGGACGUUGCGGAGGGAGUGGCAGCAGAGGCGGUCGAUGAGGCAUUGCCGGGUGGAGCAGAGGCAGCGGACGUUGCUGUGGAGGGACGGCCACAGGCGGUGGAUGAGGCUGUGCAGGCGGGACAGCGGCGAGACGAGGGGCUAUAGACGUACGGCGUGUGGUCCAGGAGACAGCGUCGGGUGCAGUCGUUCUGUUUUCGGGUCUGCACUUGGCUCAGGUCCGAC